AUUUGCCAGUCGCUGUAGGGCGCCGUCCGGCAUGCCUUGUUUACGGUGAGGUCGGAAUACUAUCCUACGGCUCAGCUAAACGUUUUUGAAUAAACUUUAAUUCCAGUGAUCACAAAAAGAAGGACAGACAAGGAGAGAAAGAGAGAGCAAGGGGAUGUUGACUUAUCCCUCUGACUCGCUCCCUCAGAUAGUUUGUCCAAUGGAUGAAGAUGCUAUUCCCCCAAACAGUUUCUGUAGUGCACCUCCCCACAGUGAACCUUCACCACCUCUCCUCCCCUUUUCCUCCAUCACUCCCAGCCAUGCAAAAGAUGGAAUAUCUGGGCACAGAAGGAGUGGCCGCAUUCAAGAGAUCAGAGCACAAACUCCUAAAAAGCAGAGCAAUACAGUCAGUGCAGCAGCUCCGAGACAGUCCAGACAGAAUCCGUCCCCCACCAAGAGACAAAGGGAGAGUGCAAACAUGGUACGGUUGUCGCAGUCCAAGCAGCAAAGAGCUCAAGGCACACAUGUGCAUGAGAAACAGAAUAAGGAUGGAAUUGAUAUUAGUUUUGCAGCAAAGCGCCAAAAUAAGCAAAAGGACCAGAAAAAACCACAGAAGAAACCAAAUGUCUCUGCUGCAGAGAAUGUAGUGGGGCAGAUUGCUGUCGAUACCACGCAGAAUCUUGACACAACCACAUCUGACAUGGGCAGAUUAGCUGUUGGACCCUCUGUUGAAAAUGCAUCUGCCCCGAAGGGAUGGGUGAUCGGCCCCUUGUUUCAGUCACUCAGAUCGAAGAUGGCCAGUUUCACAGAGAUAGUCAUGAGUCCUGUUAAACUCUUCAGAGCAAAUAGCCCCCCACCAUUCAUGGACCGUCCAGACAGACCUGAUGAGUGUGAGCCACAGGCCGAUGGAAUGUCUGAUGUUGAACACUCAGAGCCAGGCGAUAUGUUUCAUCCAGAAGCACAAAGUGAGAAUGAGAAUCAGGACACUGAAGCAAAGCAGCAGAGGCUCAGUGAAGUAGAAGGUGCACAAAAUGCAAAAACUGUUGCUCUUAGAUAUUCAAAAAAGUUAUCAUUUGAUGUGGAGUUGCCAACACACAGCUCUGAAUGGGCAGAUGAAUGUGCAAUAAGUCAGAAGGGAAAACACUCACCUGAUUCUGUGCCUUUGCAUCACAGUCCCUUACCCUGCACUGUUUCUGAGGAAGUUUCAGAAUCCGUUGGGUCUGUCCUUAGGUCCUCUAUGCUGUUACAGCCUUCUGUCACUGUAAGUGCCUCACUUGAAUCAAAGUUAAUGAUUUCCGGUGCUACGGAGGACCAGAAAGGCAGACCAUUUGUUCAGCUGAAACCACUGCCAAGGAAAUAUACAGGAAAUCGAUCUGGAGUAAAGAAAGUUUCAUCUAAAGUCAAAAAGGAAGAGUCUGAUCCUGAGGUUAAUGAUGAGCAGGUUUCUCUCAUGAAUUCAGCCAAAUCAAACAAAGCUCAUUCAAGUGACACUGACAAAACACAGUCAUUAUCUUCCUCAGUCUGUUAUGCUCAGCCUGACACCGACUGUCCUCAGCCUAAUGAUGGUGAUAGCAGGAAAAAAGUCACUCAGAAAACUUUGGUUCGCAGGAGCCACAAGAAUAACUUAAAUACCAGUACUAAUGGAAGGACACUGAAGCCUACUUUGGAUACUCAGCAGCUGGAGUGUCACUUAAACCCUGAAACUUAUUUAGCUGCAGGUGUCGGGAGAGCAAAGAGGGGGCUGAAACUGGACUGUCAUUCCCAAGACUUUGUAAAGAGGAAGAGACUGACAGCAGACAAAUGUACAAAGGAUCCAAAAACACAAGCACUAUUAAAUGUGGCCUCAGAUAGUGGCAUAUUGAGUCCACCAAUAAAAGACGUGUUGACAAAUACCAUCGUCCAUAAGGAAGAAAUGCUGAAGCCACCUCCAAAAAGACAGCCUGUUUCAACAAGAGCAAAUAAGAGAGAAAACGUUCAACAAGAAAUGCUCGCUACAAUAAAUGAAACAGUGCUGAACACACGGAGCGAAAGUUCCUCUGAUGCGAUGUUGGUUUGCUCAUUGGAUAAAAGCAGUGGGAUUUCAAAGGACAAACAAAAGAACAGCAGCAGCAAGAUGAAGCCUGGUGCUUCAUGCAAAAGGCUAAAGACAAGAACAGGUCUUGAUGCACCUGAUGUAAACAAGGAUAACAGUAUGGAUCUGGAAACCACCGUGGCAAUCACGUCCACAGAACAAGCCGAGAAGGCACCGUUAUCAGAAGUCCUUGUCCGUCCUCAUAUAAAGCAGCUCCCAAGCACAAGCAAGCAGAAGAAUAUCAACACAAAGCCACGGAAACGGAAAUCGCCAAACCAAGUGAGUUCAAGUCCAGAAUCGGACAGCAUUCUGGUUUCUACCUCACCAGCACUAUCAACAGAGCCACUAGAACUCACGUCCACAGAUUUUAAUACCUCUGAGCAUGUUCAAAAAGAGGACAGCCCGAAAAAGGAAGUGAACCAGCCGUUCAAGAGACCCAGGAAGAGUAUUAGAGGUGCUGUUAAAUCAUCUGCGUCAGGAGCGAGCGAAGAGACAAAACAAUGUAUGGAUAACCUCCAUUUGAUAACCAAAGAAAACAAGCCGAGAGAAGGCAAAGGUAAACUCUCAAUGGACCCUGUAUAUUUUGAAAUGACACCUUUUGAAAGUAAUCAGCAACCUGCUCCUUCACCCUCCAAACCUAAAUUAGACUGUUAUGUACAAUUAGAUCAUGAAAUUAAGCAUAUCAUAGAUGGGAAAGAAUUGAGUGCUACUUCUGUGUCAGAUGAGGUAUUUUCCACUGAUGCUGAAGCCAGUCACCACAACAGCAGCAGUGUCUCCAGGCUAAGGUCUAGUGCACGAAGGGCUAACAUUAGGCCAAGGAGAGCAGAUAACCAAAGGAGGAAAUGCAGGGUUUUGCAUGGUAGGACAUGUAAAGAUGAAGAGGCGACAAACACCGUCACAAUGGAUGAUGCAGACUUGGCUACAGCAAGUUCACAGUCAGCAGAAAAUGGCUCGUCAAGGUGCCUGUUGCGCAGCUACUCUUGCCCAGAGAUCCCCUCCCUCCGUCACCAUGACAUGCCCUGGACUCCUACUUUGCAUUCACCUCAUCACAGCAGGACUCACACACCACACCUGCACCAGUCCUCCCACACUCCCUCUGCCCACCAUGCCCACAAAUCCCUGCGCCGUGCUCGUCGACACACAGUCUGCAGUGUGGAGGUGGAGAGGGAGAUUGCUCCUCUCUGCCUUCGUAAGGAGGUGUACCCAUCCAGAAGAUCCCUCCCAUAUGACAGAGCCACCCUACGCCUGUGUCCUAGUCUUGCUCUUUCUCCCAGCACUUCCCUCUCAGUGCUUGCGUCCUGUUUCCUCUCAAGCCCCCUGGCUUUCCUUUCUAAAAAGGUUGACAGUAGAGGAUCUUCUGCCAGCCCCAGCACUUCCAGUCAUGUUUCCUCUCCAAUCUCCUCUUCUUCUUCAAUAUCACAAUUGUUAUUCCCCCAAAGAAAUGACUCCUCCAGUGCUACGUUGGACUACAGUAGCAGUGGAAAUCCCUUGGAGUGUGAGAUGGAGAGAAGACAGCAGAGUGAAGAAGAGGAUGACGGCGAGGAUACAAGCUCAUCCAGUCAGGAGUUUGAGGAUGUUGGGAUGAGAGAAGAAAAGGCUUUGUCUGAUUCUGAAAUCAAGGUGGUGCAAAAGCAUGAGGAACGAGGAAAGGUGUCGUCAAUUAGAAUUCGGAAAACUUUACCCAAACCUCAGACCAACCUGACACCCAUGGGCCUGCCCAAACCCAUCAGAUGCAUCUUUCGGGGUUGACUGGUGAAUGGAGCUGGCUCAGGUGUCGACUGGUCAAGAGUUAAUGUUCUUUUAUUGGUGUUUUGCUGCAGUUUAAGAGUACUGACCAGCUCAAUGCUCAACAGACAUAUUUUAUUUGUUAUUCCUGUUGCAGCCAGGAGGGUCUUCAUCUUACGCUUAUUUGUUUUGUAAUGACUGAAUAUGCUGCAUUUAUUCAUGCACUCAACACUUAUCAAAGGGUUUUACUUACUCUAUUUCGCCUCAUUGUUUACCUCAGCAAAUCAAAAAGAUGUCGCUGUCUUCUUGACUUCCUUGCCCAUAAGCAAAAUGAGGAAGUUUAGGUAGACAGACAGAGUUACCUAUGGCUGUACUUGGCACAGGUAACUGUAAAAAAAAAAAAGAAAAGGUCACCAUAGCAAAAAUAAAGUAUUGUUAAUUGCUUUGUUGCCAUAGUAUCUAAAUAAAUAGUUGUAUUAUUUACCUAGAGGGUAAAUAGUAACACACAGCAAGUUCAAAGGGAAAUCUUAAGCAACCUGUCUGGCUGAUAACCAAACACUGGGUCAAAUGCAGUGGUAUAUAAAGUCUUAAUAGAUGCAGCCAUUAUAUGAAAGUACUUCUGCAAACAUGCAACACUCUGCCUUGCAUUAGGUUAGUGAUUAAAAUUAGGACAAAUUCUAUGGCGUCACACUUUGCCCUAACAUGGAAAAUGAAUUUGUGUCAGUCUCAUUACAUGUCUGUUGUCUAUUGACCAUUGAUCAAUAUUCAGAUUGAUUGCAACAGUGUUUUUUUUUCUCUUAUGUUACAUCACAG